AUGUCGGGUCCAACCGUUGCUGUUUACGAAAUCGCAGAUACUGUCUGGCGCCAUGACUACGCCGUCUCCACCAACGGGCGCCACGUCUACUACGUCGAAAACUCCAAAUCAGGGGUCGGAAAGUUUGGCCUGACGUUCCACCAAGGCCAAGACAAAAGUGCGCCCGUGGCAGGAGCCAUCAAAUUCCACCACUUCUCCUCAGACAUGGAGGUAGGCGUCGGCGACCCCGAAAAUGCCCACGCCGUGCGCUGGGAGCGCAUGACGCGCGAAUCACACAUGAGCCUCAAGCAUACCUUCCGGGUUAGUAUAGGUGGGAAACAGACUUCCUUUACAUGGAAGCGCACGCACAGUCUGGGGGAGGGGAGGCUUGGGAACCUGAAGCUAGUGGAUGACUCGACAGAGGCCGUGAUCGCCGUGUUCAGCUCGAGGAAAUCGUUCUUGAAGAAGACGGGCAAACUUGAGGUGUAUGUGGAUUACGGCCCACAGUUCGAGCUUGUUGUGUUGCAGACAUGUCUUGGAUUGCGGGAGCGGACUCGCCGUACGAACACUAGUGCUGCGGCUACAGGAGGAGGCGGGGCUUGA